AGCUGGUGCCGCGGCUGCUGCUUUAGGGGCGGGGGUCGCGAGGGGCUCUUUGUCUCCAUCGCGGAGCCGCUCCAUCCCACGUUGCAUCGGGGACCGGCCGGGGCUCCCCUCCGGCAUGGCCGGCCUGAGCAUCAGCAGCAGCAGCAGCCCCCCAGGAAGGAGCCCCCCGCGCCCCCCACCCUGCAGGUAGGGUAGCCCCCCGGCUUGUCCGGCGGAGCCCGACCCGAGCAUCCUCCGCGGACGUCCGCCUUCGCCUCUGCGGAGCUCAUCUCUGGCCCCGCUCCAGGGGAAAAAACGAGGUACCAGUAUAAAAAUCUUGGACCCACCCAGACUUACUUGCCCCAAAGACAGUCACAACGUAAGACGCCCACGCACCUUCCUUGGCGAACUCAAACCAGUGGGAACGCUGGACUUUGGGAAGGAAUUGUGGCUACCAUGUCAACCAUCAGCCCCGAAUACGAUUAUUUAUUUAAGUUGCUGCUCAUUGGAGAUUCCGGAGUGGGGAAGUCCUGCCUCCUCCUACGAUUUGCGGAUGACACCUACACAGACAGUUACAUUAGUACCAUCGGAGUGGACUUCAAAAUCCGGACCAUCGAGCUGGAAGGAAGGACCAUCAAAUUGCAAAUUUGGGACACAGCUGGCCAGGAGCGCUUCCGAACCAUCACCUCCAGCUACUACCGAGGCGCGCACGGCAUUAUCAUCGUCUACGAUGUGACGGACCAGGAUUCGUUCAACAACAUGCAUCUUUGGCUGGAUGAAAUUACUCGCUAUGCCAGCGAAAACGUCAACAAGCUGAUUGUGGGAAACAAGAGUGAUCUUUCCAGCAAGAAAGCGGUGGAUUACACAACUGCCAAGGAAUAUGCCGACUCGCUGGCCGUGCCCUUCCUGGAGACAAGCGCCAAGAAUGCCACCAAUGUUGAGCAGGCUUUCUUGACCAUGGCGGCCGAGAUCAAGAACCGGGUCAGCAGCGGCCCGACGCAGAACGACAGCCACAAAUCGGCCGUCCACAUCCAGAGCGGCCCCUUACGGCAAGACGGCACCGGGGCCGGCGAAGACGGGGGCAGAGGAUGCUGUUAAGAGGCCGCCAUCCAUGGAGGGCAGAGUUCGGGGAGUGCCCGGGAAGGGGGCCAUGCCAGCCCUGGGAAGCCCCCGCCCCCAGCUUACCUUUGCAGACUCGGAAUCUCAAAAUGGAGCAUUUGACCGUAGCGUCACCUUUGCUUGGUCUGCGGCGGCUUCGUUCCACUUCCCUGGACUUUGGACAUUUGUCCUUAAUCCACCUCUUCCUACGCCAGGCUCUUUCGCCAUCGGGAUUCCCUGGACCAGAAGGCUGACCACUGCACUGUCCAGAUGUGGUCAUCUCGCUGUCCAGAAAAUGGCCAAGUUGGAGCACAUAUUCAGAAGAAACUCACUGACCCCACUCCUCAGAACAUAAAGAGUUUCCUGCUUGAGUAGGAGAUUGGACUAGAAGACCUCCAAGGUCCUUCCAACUCUGUUAUUCCAUUAUACAUACUGCAUGCCCUCCGUUAUAUUUCAUGUGGGGGUCGCAGCCCCUUCCUCUCGUUUCUUUAACACCCCCUCUUAUUUCAUGGUUGAAGACCCUUAGGGGAACCCCCAAGAGAUAGUCACCCCUCUCGUCUCCAUCCCAAUUCCUAGGGGCCGGUUUUCUCCUCACUCGGGGGACGGAAAUCAUAUGGCAAAUAGUUCUCUAUGGUUCUAACAACCGUGAAAAUGGUCCAUCGUAACUCGGGAAUAUUUUUAAUUUUGUUUUCCCUCCCCACUUUUCCCUUAUUUGCCUGCUUCCCUAGAAUUUAAGAUUCCCUAAGGAAAAAAAGCUAAGCUUUUAAAUUAAAAAGAAAAAAUGGUAGGAAUGCAUGGUUCUACUUAACAUACACCAAUAUUUUUUUCAAGCUAGGUCAUUUUCUGAUGUGUGGACUUCAGCUUCCAGAAUUCCCCAGCCAGCCAAGCUGGCUGGGCAAUUCUGGGAAUUGAAGUCCACACAUCUGAAAAUGGUCUAGCUUGAUUUUUCUAGUGU